AUGGACUCACAGCACUCAAGUCUUUGGUGUCGCUCUCAUGCUACUACUUGUUCAUCUCCACCACACAGACCAUUGGUGCUCACCCUGACUUCUGAUUUCAUUCAGAACCAUAGAAUUGCUAUCACAUCCAAACAGAAGCAAGAGGAUUUUAUCAUGGCGGAGCUCAUCAUCUCGGCGGUUGUCGGGGACAUGGUCGGUAGGGUGAUAUCUCUUCUCGCUGGCCGGUUCAAAGGCCAAGGGUGCACCGACGCCAAGCUACGGAGGAUUUGCCAUAUGCUUGUCAAGGUUCACAGUGCGGUAGAGGAGGCCAAAGGGAGGCAGAUCACAAACUGCGGCACCCUCGAGUGGCUUUCGGAGCUCAACGACGGGGUGUACCAGGGCCGCUACUUGCUCGACACGGUCAGAUGCAAAGAACAGGAGCUUGAAGAUAAGCAUGAUGACAAGGUAGUUGGACAAACUUUCUCUUUCUCCUUGUAUAAUCCUGCAAAGCGUGUGCGCGUAGCGGCAUGUGCCGUGAAGAGCCUACUGUCUCGCCAUGAUGUCGUUGGUCCUGAGGAGAUUGACAGAGUGGUGGAGAUCUUGGAAACCAUAUCCGGUGAUCUCAAGGAGUUCAUGAUGCUCCUACAGAACUGCCAGCCAAUCCAUCGUCCUUUGGCUACUAAUAUCUUCAUUGAGGGGCAGAUGUUCGGCCGACAUGUCGAGAAACAGAGGAUCAUCAACUUCCUGCUGCAUGAUGGUGGUGUGUCUACUGGAAAACUAGGCAUGCUUCCAAUUGUUGGCAGCACGGGAGUCGGGAAGACCACCCUUGCGCAGCAUGUCUGCGAUGAUGAGAGGGUGCGCAACCACUUUCCAAUAAUCUUGUAUUCCAAUUUCUCAUACACCAGAGCAAUGGCUCGGGGUGAGGCGGUGUUUGUUCUAGGAUCCAAAAAUGCAGUUAGAGAUGCUAAAAAAUUCAUGGAAAUACUGCAUGUACUCAAGGAGAAAUACCUCAGCAAGAGGUUCUUGAUGGUAUUUGAAGAUGUUGACAUGGGCAAGAAACAGAUGCUACAAGAGUUACUGCCAAUCUUGAGACAUGGCAAAUUCGGGAGCAGGAUCAUAAUCACCACAAACAACAGGGAUGUCGCCAGCUUGGGAACGGUGCAGCCAAUCAAUCUGAAGGUUAUGCCUCAUCAGGAGUACUGGUUCUUCUUCAAGGCACACGCGUUUGCUGGCAGAGAUGUCGAGGAGGACCCAAGGAUGUUAGCAGCAGGUAACGCGAUUGCAAGGAAGCUAAAUGGGUCAUUCUUCGGAGCGAAAAUCGUCGGCGGGGUGCUGAAAGCUCAUCCGAAUCCCCGGUUCUGGUGCAAGAUGCUGGGAAGCAAUAUAGGGGGGUUGUCUCUGUUGGGUGAUGGAAUUGGGUACAUUGCAGAUUUGGCAGAGAAUUUGCUGCCAAACUACGCAAACAUAUGUGAGGUGACCAUUUCUAAGACUCCAUAUCCCUCUCAGACAGAACUGGCUGGGUUGGUAUAUCAGGCAAGUCCUAGUGCUAGUGUUGUUGCCCCGCGUGGUGAUAUCGGGUUUGCAAAAGUCUUGUUGUGCAGAAAGUUGGAAUUGAUAGAAAGGCUGGCGUACCAGAUAACUUGCGAACAUCACAAAGUUGCUAGAGGAAUUUAUCAUGGCGGAGGUCAUCUUCUCAGCGGUUGUCGGAGACAUGGUCGGCAGGAUGAUAUCUCUUCUUGCCGGCCAGUUCAAGGGCCAACAGUGCACUGA